AUGAAGGACAAAGAGGUAAUAGAGAAUACUUCUUUUAUUUUUAUAGUUUCUCACCCAAAGAACAAUUAUUCCUCAAGAACACCAUGUAGUUCGGUGCUGUCUUCAUUGACCUCACAUGCAACAACUGGCAAACAAAAUGCACACACUCGGAAGUCCUCUAGUAAUGCCAAGAACUCUGAUAAUAAAACAGCCAGCACUACGAAAGUACAAAGUCAUCAUUCUUCCAAUCCUACAGAAUCUUCUCCCCAGGGAAUUCCAACAAAUAAGCAGAAUGGGCCUUCUAGUCAAAGACGAAGAUUCAACCCACAGCACCAAAACAUCCGUCUCAAUGGAUCUCUUAAGCCACAAGGUACCACUAAUGAGGCAGAUCAAAAUAAUGUAAAGAGUGGCUCCAGGUCUGAACACAGAAGACAGCAACACAACAAUUUCAGACCUAAAAAUAAAGGAGCCAUGAAAAAUCAGGAGCAGUCUGCAACUGCAAGGACCACAGAGAAUGUGGCACAUCCAGAAAAGAGCCGACGGAAGCAUCAUGCAACAGACACCACAGAUCACAGGCCUUUCCGAGGCGGUGUCGGCAGGGUGUCGCAAUGCAAUUUGUGCCCUGCAAGGAUGGAGGUCUCUGCUGAUACCACUGUUCUUUCAGUGCCAGCUGUGACUUUGGUGGCUUAAAAUGUCACAGUGAAGGCAGGCAGAAAAAUAUUCUCAUUUUAGCUUCUUCUUCAAGAUGCUUGUUGGUGAAGAAAAUAAAUCAGAACACAGUCAUUUUAAAUCUGUUGCUGCUUAAAAGUUAUUGGUAUCUUCAUUAUUUACUAAUUAUCAAAAUUAAUUAUACUUUCAAAGCUUUGCCCAAUAUGUUCACAGUUGUUUUGUCGUGACAGUACAGAAUCUUACCAAAACAGCAUAUACUACUUAGAAGAAUGAAAUCUAGAUUGGAAAAAUAAACUCAGAAUUAAAUUCACAAUAGCAAAAUGUUUGUUGUAGAUAUGUGGUUAUACAAUCAACAGUAUUGUUCUUUAGAGCAGCCUGUGUUAGAAGGAUCCCAGAGCACCUGUGUGCUGUGGUCUGCAAUGAAAUCAGAUAAUCUUUUAGAAUUUUUCUGCAGUCUUUAUUAUACACCUCUUUAUUUCUGUGCAUGUAUCUGUGUGUGCAUGUAUACACACACACAUGCAUGCACACUGUAUGCACACAGUAUUCUUACAUACAAGAACAUUUCAAAAAGCAGCACAUUUGAUUUUAGCUUAUUAUUCCAUAAACUGAGAUCUUUAGACUUGCCUAUAAAUUGUACUAAAUGUAUUACAUAUUGGUAUUUUUCAUUGACAAACUAUUUUUAUGAAAAUGCUCAUUUCGUUCAAGUUUAGAUUAUACAUAGUCAUGGCUAUUCAGAUGCACAGCCCUAUUCUCCAUCCUUAUCAGCCAUUUUUCUAUGACUAGUUGGAUUUAUUUUUUUGCAUAUGAAAAGUCACAGGUGUUCUAGACUUGAAUCCAGAUUAUUUUUCUAUAUUUUUUGCUGUAGGAACCAUCUGUCCUUAAUGAGAGCUAUGACUAAUAUAUUUGUUACAGCAACAUGCAGCAGAAUAUGGAGGUACAUAUUUGAGCAGAUACUACAUCCUUCUGAGUUUUCUAUUAAAAUAAAAUCUUAGUGUUAAUGUUC